AUGUCCGGGAAUAAGAAAUCAACGACAACAAUAUCAGCCAAUAAAAAACGUGAAGAAAUAUCAAAUAAAACAUAUACAGUUGAACGCUUACUUAAACAUCGUAAAAGAAAAGGCUCUGUUGAAUACUUGGUAAAAUGGAAACACUAUGAUAAGAGUCACAAUUCUUGGGAACCUGCAGGAAAUAUUCUUGAUAAGUCUCUUAUUGAUAGUUAUAAAAAACAAACAAAAUCUUCAUCUCGACGUACUUUAUCACCAAAAAAAUCUGUACGAAAUCAAAACGAUGAAUUAUCACCCACGAAAAAUGAGUCUGUUAAUAAUUCUGAUGAACAAUUAGAAAAAGAAGAUGAUAAUUAUAAUAAACAAGAAAAAAUGAUGAAUUCAACUACGAUUGAUUAUUGGUAUCCACCUAUAUGUAACAAAAAAGCAAAAAUUGCAAUAACAGAUGUAACAUCGGAUAAUGUUACAAUUACAUUUCGAGAAUUAAUUUGA